UGCGAGCGCGAUUCAGUCAGUCAGUCGCAAAUCGUCGGGCAUUACGAGUGGGGUGGUUGAUGGUUGAGUGAAUUUACCGUUGCUUGAGUCGUUUCUACUCGGUUUGUGCAGAAUUGGACAGAGACGGUGCUAACGGGUUGUGCGGCGGUUAGAGCGAGAGAACCGGUGCGAGAAUGAUGUCGCUGCCUCGAGCGAUGGUCGCAUCGCAGCAGUAAAAAAAGACAUCAAUCAAGCUGUUCGUGUUUAAAAACCAAGCUGUGGUGUAACUUGUAAUCCGAAAAAAUAGUUUGACAAAUUUUCUAGAGUAAUACUAACUUGCGGCAGAUUUGUAACCGAAGGAAGUUAUAAUCCUGGCCGUACAAACGUGGAGCAGUGAAAAAGUGGGUGUUUUCUUGUGUUGCGUUCUUCAUUUUUCCUGUACCCUGGCUGGCUGGCUGGUAAGCUAGCUGCCAAGAGUCUUCUUUUGCGGUGACAGUCGACGUUUUUUGCGGCAGAAAUUCUUAAAUCACAGUGCAUCGUCAAUAUGUCGAAAAGUUUCAUAAAUGUUUCCGCGGUGGUUCAUAAGAGGAUUGCGUUUAAAUCUGUAAUCGGGAAUGUGAUGCAGUGUUUGAAAAGCGCAAAAAAGGUGUCCAGCGCCCUUGUGAAGUGCAAUUAACCCAGUCCACGUUUAUUUUGGAUAAUGCUUGCAGCUGGCUGAUGUGUUUAUUCCCAGUCUCAGGAAAGAGCGAGUGCAGAAGAUAGCAAGGUGUCAAAAAGCGUAAUCCACGGUCUGACGCGGAGAUAUUUUUGGAAUAAGCAAAGUUCGACUGUUGUGUGAAGAGAGAACCUUUGAGAAAAAAAAUUAAAUUGUGAGACAAAAUAUUAAACACGUACCAGCGAGAAGGUGAAAAGGAAGUGCCGUGUCAAGUACAUAUUAUCAUCGGUCUAGAAACGAAACCGUCAGCGUAAAACCUUCGCACUUGAACCACCUGUCGGCGGAACAGUGAAGGACGUCGAGCAUCGAGUGGAGAAGCAGCACCUUCUGCCAGCCCAGCAGCUGUUCAGUGGUUCGUUUUCGUAUAUCAGGAUAGUUAUAAAUCAGCAGCAACAUGCCUGGAUUAAUCGGUGUCAGCGAGUUUCUGGAGGAAACUCGUGAGGACUACAACUCGCCAACGACGUCCACGUUUGUAUCCCGAAUGGUCCAGUGCCGGCAAACAAUCGCUGCUCUUGAAGAGACACUUGAUUUCGACCGGGAAGGUUUAACCAAACUCAAAAAAGCGGUCAAAGCAAUUCAUAAUUCGGGAAACACUCACGUUGACAAUGAAAUGUGUCUGGUGCGCGCCCUGGAGCGGCUUGGCUCGGUAGCACUCUCGAAGGAGGAACCGGAUAUUGGGGCUGCAUUUCUGAAGUUCUCCGUCGUCACCAAAGAGCUCAGCGCGCUCAUGAAGACGCUGAUGCAAAACAUCAACAACAUCGUCAUGUUCCCGGUGGAUUCAUUGCUGAAGAGUGAACUGCGUGGGAUGAAGGGCGAGAUGAAGAGGCCCUUCGACAAGGCUGCCAAAGAUUACGACUCCAAGUUUAUGAAAAUCGAAAAGGAGAAAAAGGCUCUGGCCAAAGAUGCCGGAAUGAUGCGAACCGAGGUCACACCGGCCGAGAUUGCCGAGGAGAUCGAAAAGGAGCGGCGGGUCUUCCAGCUACAGAUGUGUGAAUAUCUGAUAAAAUUCAACGAGAUAAAAACGAAGAAAGGCAUCGAACUGCUGCAACACCUUGUAGAAUAUUAUCACGCUCAAAAUAACUACUUCAAGGAUGGCCUCAAAACGAUAGCGCACUUCGGUACGUACAUCGAGGAACUCAGUGUAAAGCUACAAACCAUACGGCACAAGCAGGACGAAGAAAGGCGGAAACUGUUGGAGCUGCGAACGUUACUGCGGUCUUCGCCGGAUUUCGACCGGGUGGAAAAUGUUCCUAGUGAUCGAGGUGCGGCUGGAUACUCGCUGCAUCAAUUGCAGGGCGAUAAAAAUCACGGAAUAACUCGCACCGGGCAUCUGCUGAAGAAAAGCGAGGGAAAGGUUCGCAGGGUGUGGCAAAAACGUCGGUGUAGAGUCACAGCGGAUGGCUUUCUCGAUAUUUGCCAUGCGGACGAAACGAAAACUCCCACCCGAGUCAAUCUACUAACCAGCCAAAUUAAGCCUGCCUCUGAUGACAAGAAGGGAUUCGAUUUGAUUAGCUAUAACCGACCGUACCAUUUCCAAGCGGAAGAUGAAAUCGACCAGAAGGCGUGGAUGUCGGUGCUGAUUAACUGUCGGGAGAAAGCACUCGCCAAAGCAUUCCAACACGCUAACCCACAGAUGAGUCCUAGUCUGAUCGAGCUGCAGAAAACGGUGAUUAAAUACAUCCAAAAUCUACCGGGCAAUGACCAGUGCUGUGACUGUGGCUCGAAAAACGACGUUACCUGGAUCAGUUUGAACUUUGGCAUUCUGGUGUGCAUUCAGUGCUCCGGUGUUCACAGGGAUCUGGGCGUGCAUCACUCCCGGAUACAGAGUCUUACCUUGGACAAUUUGACAACGGCGCAGUUGUUGAUUGCGCGGGCCAUGGGGAAUAAUAGUUUGAACGAAGUGAUGGAGGCGACCCUUGGGAAGGGUAAACUAACGCACGAGAGUUCAAUGGAAGAACGAUACGAUUUCAUCCGGGCGAAGUACAUAGCCAAGCGAUAUGUCAUGCGUACCUGCGCCGAUGAUCAAGACCUUCGGAGUGAUUUGGAACAAGCCGUGAUUAAUGCGGAUCUCAGCCAGUUACUGCAGGUUUGGGCGGAAGGAGCUGAUUUGUCCUGCGUGCUGCCAUCGUCGGAAUUUGGUGAAACCGCUCUCCAUCUUUCCGUGUUACGUGAAAUGGGUUCUACGCUGCAUAUAGUUGACUUUCUAAUUCAAAAUAUGACGGCUCAAGGCCUCAACAAGCAGACAAACCCGCCCGGUCCGGCUGACAUGUCCGGGAAAAAUACGGCAUUACAUCUGUGUGCCCUGCACGAUCGGCGUGAAUGCAUGAAACUGCUGUUACGCUCAGGCUGUGAAUUCGAUAUUAAAAAUUCCCAAAACCGAACGGCGCUAGAUAUUGCCAAAGAAAUGGGUCAUGAGGCCUGCAAGGAACUGAUUGAACAUGCCAUGAAGCGCGAAAAGAGCGCAUUCGAUCACAUUAACACCGAUUGGAAUAUCCACGAUGAUGGCUCGACAGAUUUCUCCGACGACGAUACGGUACUGAUGGAUGAGAGAAAGUCCCGUUCAAGGCCGCCCAGCUUCGUCGGAGGUGACUCUCCUGUUGCACUGCGGUCGCGUUCAUCAACCUGCGACUCUAUUCAGAGUGGUUCCAGCCCCAGUUCCAGUUGUAAUCCUAACCUUGUACCCGCCACUGCACAACAAAUUCCCGGUGCCGGCCAGCAGCGACAGAUUCCAAUUCCGUCAUCCGGUACUAGUCCGAAGCAAUAUGCCGGAGCAUUUUCGUCGCACUAUGGUGGCACGGGAGCUGGCUCAGCAACCGGCGGUUCUAGUCCAAAUUCCAGUAGCUCCAGUAGUAUUGUGCGUCAGGCGUCGGCACAAAUUUCGGCUGCUGCUGCAGCAGCUGCCGUUAGUUCACAGAACAAAAAGUCCUCUUCUGUCAAUAUUGGCUCGCUGAAAAAACGCACCGCUCCGGCACCUCCACCGACCGGGUACGGAACAUUACCACAUGCUCCUCGCCAUUCGCAAAACAUUGACAAUGAAAUCUUUGGCGUUGCUUCGCAUCAUCUACACCACCAUCAUCAGGAUGUGUACAGCACACUGCCUCAUUUGAGGGGGUCAGAUAGUGGCGGAGGGACAGCCGGUGUGGGUGGGGGCGGCGUAGGCUGUGUAACAGCGAACUGCCCCAGUGGAGCGAAGUCCAACUCUUCUCAGCAGCUGCACUUCGAUAACAAAAUAUACGAGCGCUUCGAAGGUUACAUGCAAUCCGGCAGGGAUGCCAAUUUUCUAAGCUCGUUCACCGGUGGCCAUAAACGAUCUCCCAGUGGAGAAUCUCUGGGUCGAAACCUAGCUGGAGCAAAACUAGUCCUCCCGCCUGCGGGAGAAAUUCCUCAGCUCAAACCAGUGGAUAAAAGUAUACACCACCGACCUAAACUACCACCACCACCUGGUCUUCCUAACGCAGAAAAAGCCCUAUCUAAUGGACAAUCAAACGAAAGUUUGUCAUCGUUAGAUGAAGCUGUGGUAUUAAGGAAAAAGGCAUCCAAAGCGCUCAAUUCGUCUAAUUAUGGUGACUAUGGCAGUGAGUUGGAUUUUUCCGGUCAGCUUGAUCACUCGCUGGCGUCCUCGUCCGGUGGCGCGCAUGAUUCCGCCAACAGUAGCUUCAGUCGGCACGAUACAAGCGAAGCGUCUGCGUCGUCCGGAGGCCAUGAGCAUAGUUUCAACAAGACCAAAAGUCCCAGCACCUUCCGAGGCUAUACUGGUCCGCGGCGGUGCCGGGCCCUGUACGACUGCAAUGCGGACAACGACGACGAGUUGGAGUUCAAGGAGGGCGAAAUUUUGAUCGUUCUGAACGAACGGACUGAUGACGACAACUGGAUGGAAGGUGAAAUCGAAGGUGACAGCACGCGGCGGGGUAUGUUUCCGGUAAGCUUUGUACAGAUGCUGGAAGAUUAGUUCGUACUCAAACCGGAGAUGGAAAAGGGCAGUGAAUAGGAGACCAGAGGAAACAAAUCAUUAGGAAUGUUGCAAAAAUCUAACUUCGGAGCUGAGCUUCGAUUAAUCGUUAUACAAAAAUGACAUUCUGUGACACAUUUAUUAGGGAACUUUUGGGGUAUACUCUGACGAAGAAGAAAUUUCGAUCGCGAUGAAGGUAAACAAGAGUGAUAAUUCUAAGUCUGCUGAUCUAAAUAUCGAACAAAUUAAGCACCAUAAGCGAACCCGCUACUGCGUUCUAUUUAUUCUUCAUUUAGUUAUGUACGUCUUCUUUGAUUGUUCUCGUUUAGCAGAACAAAUUAAACUGGGAUACUGGGAAUCCCAUUAUCGUCUCAACUGCUCAACAGGGAAGUAUUUCCUAUAGAAUGUGCAAAUGUUUAGCAUUCACAUCUCUUUUAUAUCUCAUCAACUAUGCCACAAUUUUAUCUAAUAUGUCCUCUCACUCAUGUCACCUGUAUUCAAUACAAGUGCAUUUUAAGCGCAUAUUACGCGAAUGUUACACCUAAGAUCAAAGCAUUUAUCCACAGGUACGUUUUUCAGCGUUUCGGCGAAAGUGUCAAAGACGAGGGAAAAUUCAAAGCAUAUAAAAGAUAUUGUUUGCUAACUAUUAUUGAUUAUCUAUAUGAAGCAUUUGGAACAAGAGAGAACAAAUUAAUAAAAAUAUUACAUGCCCACGCAGGAAAGCUGACGGUUACAGAGUGAGUUCAUUCCUGCAUAAAAAAAUUACUGUGGGUAGCGAAGUAAUGAAAUUAAAAAAACUUCAUGUGCCAGUAAACAGAAAACAAAUUUCUUAAGUUAUGAAAUAAAAUUCUAGUAAUAGUACCUAUCCAGAACAGAAUGAAUGAAAUAAACAAACAAAUACAAGAAUGUAAAGCAGAAAUAUCCAACCGUAGAAAUCGUUACUCAAUGUGUAAUAGAAUUGACGUCUCCUGAAGCUACAAUCACAAAGUAUAGAACCUGUCCUCCUCGAUCGAGUUAGAUUCUUCAAUAGAUCCAACUAAUCUUCAUCAUACAGAAACUAAAUAUAAAGAAAAAAACUAUUAAAACAACCAGAUAGUUCACUAUUACCGACUACCUACCAAAUAAGUAUUACUGUUGAAGCAAAAAAAGGAAAAGUAUGUGACAAAAAAAAUGAAAAGUUUAAUUACAACUGUUAGAAGUGAAUGAAAUAAAUAAAAUAAAAAUCGCGUUAAAACAGAAAGCAACGGUAAAAUACUCGAAAAAAAAAAAUUAACCGAACCACAGCAGAUCGGAGAUAAAAAAUUAAACUACUAUUACCAUAAAAAAAAUUGCAAAACUACUAUUAUACUAGGUGUGAGUGGAUGUUGUUACUUGGAAAGUAUACAAACAAAUGAAGCGUAGUCAUGUAAAAUUUGUUGCUGAACGCUAGCAAAACAGAGCAAAAAAAUGCAAUGUAAUAACCGGAUAAACAUCUGGAGAAAGCGCACGGAAUAAAUGCAUGAAACUCAUUAAGUGAAA